UUUCUUUUCUAACCUCAUGCCCGGAAGUUAGACGUGUUUUUGUACAAUAAUUUAUUUUUGUGUUUUUAAAUAAAAAUCAGUGCAAUGGCUGAUAUUGAGGUGAAAAAGGAAAAGAAAAAGAAGAAAAUCAAGGAAGAGCCUAUAGACAUUGAUGAUGUCGGCACUUUGCAAAAAUCUGGAAACUUCACUGUUAAGCCUUCAGAGAAAAUAGCUUCAUUGGAUACGUCUCAAUGGCCUCUGCUGCUAAAGAAUUUCGACAAAUUAAAUGUGCGCACAAACCACUAUACUCCUUUGCCUAGCGGAUCCUCACCACUAAACCGGGACAUUAAAGAGUACAUGAAGUCUGGCUUUAUCAAUUUGGAUAAGCCAUCUAAUCCCAGUUCACAUGAAGUUGUGGCAUGGAUAAAGAAAAUAUUGAAAGUUGAAAAGACUGGACACUCGGGCACGCUAGAUCCCAAAGUAACAGGCUGCUUAAUUGUUUGUAUUGAUCGCGCUACCCGUUUAGUAAAAUCACAACAAAGCGCCGGCAAAGAGUACGUGGCUAUAUUCAAGUUACAUUCAAGCGUGGAAUCGGUCGCCAAAGUACGCCAAGGUUUGGAAAAAUUACGGGGAGCUCUUUUCCAACGUCCACCCCUGAUUUCGGCAGUAAAACGUCAAUUGCGUGUGCGUACUGUAUACGAUAGCAAGCUUCUGGAUUACGAUGAAUCGCGCAAUAUGGGUGUUUUUUGGGUUAGUUGUGAGGCUGGUUCUUAUAUCCGUACCAUGUGUGUACAUCUUGGCCUGGUACUUGGUGUUGGCGGUCAAAUGUUGGAAUUGCGUCGUGUACGUUCUGGCAUACAGUCGGAGAGGGAUGGCAUGGUGACUAUGCAUGAUGUUUUAGAUGCCAUGUACUUGUAUGAGAACCACAAAGACGAAUCCAUGCUGAGACGUGUUAUUAAACCAUUGGAAGGACUUUUGGUGAAUCACAAGAGAAUCAUCAUGAAGGACAGUUCGGUAAACGCUAUUUGUUAUGGUGCCAAAAUUAUGUUAACUGGUGUUUUACGCUAUGAGGAUGGUAUUGAAAUGGAUCAGGAAAUAGUGAUUUGUACCACUAAAGGUGAAGCUAUAUGCUUGGCCAUUGCUCAAAUGACUACAGCCACAAUGGCAUCUUGUGAUCACGGCGUGGUUGCAAAGAUUAAGCGUGUGAUUAUGGAAAGAGACACAUAUCCCAGAAAGUGGGGCUUAGGGCCAAAGGCAUCAGCGAAAAAGGCACUUGUUGCCGCUGGAAAACUGGACAAAUAUGGGCGUCCCAAUGAAAAUACACCCAAAGAGUGGCUUACAGGUUUUGUUGAUUACAAUUUGAAGAAACCUGCGGCCGCUGUAGCGCCUCAAUCAACCAACGGCAGUCCUCCAGAAGAACACAAAAAGCGUAAAUUAAGUACAUCUAGUGAUACUGCACCCGUAGAAGCUUCACAGGAUACAGAGAAAUCCGAGAAGAAAAAGAAGAAGAAGCAUAAGGCCGACAAAGAAGCUGCAGAAGUUUCUGUGGUAGCUGAGGAAGAAGCUGCAGCAGAACCCGAUGGUGUGAAAAAGGAAAAGAAAAAGAAGAAGAAGAAAGAUAAGGAUAGGGAGAAAUCAGAUGAAUGAAUAUGAUUACUUGUUUUAAUCUAAGUCGUUAGAAAGCCUAGGGAGAGCAUUAAUUUUUUCUCAAUUUUUUUCUUUCCCCAAUGGGGGAAUUUUGCAUUUUUACAAUACAAAACACACACGUCUUUUUCUAUUAAAGAACAAGAUGUUCCUUUUAUAAAUUUUCAUAAGCAAGAGAUCAGCUUAUAUUGAUUAUAAGGUUAAAAUAGAGUCCCUUAACUAUUAGCAUAUAAGUUUAUUGGCUUUUCUGAACUCUCUUAAGAGAGAAAAAGUUCAAAAAUUAGUUUUAAUAAGGAAAGUCUUUUU